GGGAAGUCAAUUAAAGAGCCAUGAGUAGGAAACCGAUGUAUGAAACCAUAGAAAGUGGAGGUUCCAUGAAGGCGUGUUUUCACAGUCAGUGCUGGUGAUGACUCCAGUCUAAAGAUAAGAGUCUUCUCUUCCUGGCACAGGUGUUUGAAAUUUUUCAAUAAUGAAUCUGUGGGACGAAGACAGGAAUGAAAGGUAAGGUCACUGGAAUUUCAGUUUUCAGGCAGCAUCAGAGCCGGGAGACUUUCUUCUGCUCUUUUGAGUGUCCCAUUUCUCUGGCUCUUUGAAUGAGGGUGUCAUCCUUAUCUCCUCUCCUCCUUCCCUCUCUUUAGUUAAGUGUAAAGUGAGCUUUUGAAGUGGCUAUAAAGCAAGAGCAACAACUUCCCUCUCUUAGUUAGGAGGCUCUUAUUCCUUCAAAAGAACGAGCAGGGCUGUUUAACGCUUCAGUCCCUUGAGCUGCAGCCAUUCAUCACUAUAACUAUAUUUGAUCUCUCUGAAGUCAAAAGAUUUCACUGAGGAAAUGGGGCUCUUUGUUGGAAUUUACUGAAUAUCCAAAGAGGGAGGUUCUAAGGCUUCUUAGAUGAGGGUACCAAAAGGUGAAGUGAUCUGCGCGGUCGGAUACAGGGCAAAGGGCAGAAGUCACCAAGGAGGUUGUCUGUCAAACCUCAUCUUAAGACCACGUCAGGAAUGAGCGAUGUGCUGGAAGAAGCCUUAAGAUGCACGUGCUCCACGGACAAUGGAAAAGUCCUCCCAGCCAGCUGUACACCAGAGACUCCUGGGAAACCAAAACAGCAGCAAAAAUGAUUUGAUUUCUGGUCCUCAUCCAAAAUGAAUUAAAUUAAAAUCUCAUCCUGGUGAAUCCUAGAUAUUGCAUCUCCUGUAUCCCCUUAGAUUUUUCUGGAAGUUUCUCCUAUGUGGCCAGAAUCAAGAGCCACACUGAUGAUGAAUGCAACAAGAUCAAUCCUGGAGACCUGGGAAGGCAGAAAACUCAAAGGUGUAUAGUGAUAGUAUCAACAAUCAUUGUCACAGUGCUAUUAGAGCUCUAAAUGUGUUAGAUAUUUGUUUUAGUUACAGUUUCUAUUGCAGUGAAAACCAUGACCAUGGCCAUGACCAUGGCAACUCUUAUAAAGGAAGGCAUUUAACUGGGGCCUGGCUUACAGUUUCGAGGUUAGCCCAUUAUCAUCAUGGCAGGAAGUAUGGUGGCAUGCAAGCAGACGUGGUGCUGGAGAGUAGCUGAGAGUUCUACAUCUGGAUAGGUAGGCAGCAGGGAGAGAGAGACCCUGGGUCUGACUUGAGCACUUGAAACCUCAAAGCUCACCCCCACAGUGACACACUUCUUCUGACAAGACCAUAGCUGCUCCAACAAGGCUACAUCUCCUAAUAGUGCCACUCCCUAUGAGCCUAUGUGCCUAUUUCUGUUUAAAUGACCACAAUAGUUAAUAGAAUUUAAAAAAGAAAGAAAAAAAAUACGACUGGUCCUGGUAUAAUAGAAGAGAAAGUUUAUUGUAGACACGUGGGAGGGCAUAGCCAGAAACAGGGGCAUCUGGGGGAGUCCAGAGUGGUCAUGACCAGUCUGAACUGUGCCUUGUGAGGAGUAUGGGGAGGGGAGAAGGAAGAGAAGGGAACUAGGUGCAGCAGCCAGGAGGCCCAAAGGUUCAAAGAGAGGGCUGGUAACCAAAAUGAUUGGAUUAUAUAGGGAAGAGCAGCUGUGCUGCAGAGUUCAGAGUAGGGGGUGGGAUAUGCCAGUCAGGAGGAUCCUUUAACAGGGAGGGACUGAGGGAUGCAGGGUGAACCUGGGGACCAGGUCCACUUUGUUAUGUUAAAUAGGCAUCUAAGCUAUAUGUCCUAGGUUUGAAACCUAACAGUUACCAUUACUAUGAAUAUACCCAUUUAACAGAUGAGGAAUCCAAGGCACAAACAUUACAUUAUUUUUCAAACAUGACAAAUGCUGAAGCUGAGAAUCUGUGCUCUUCACUGGUGCACUUGCUGCUGCCUGCCAUGUAGUAAUAGUGAGCUGGGGCCCUGUGUUCUUUAUUUAGAGUGUCUGUGCCACAGCAUGCAAGUGGAGGUCAGGGGACAACUCGUGGGGUUCGUCCUCUUUCCACGCAUGGGUCCUGGGAUCAACAUUUAGGUCAGCAGGAUUGGGGGUGAGUACAUUUACCUAUCAUGUCAGGCCCUCCACCUCUCAUUUUAGGAAUCAUAAAUGACUAACCAGUGAGCUGUGAUUCCUUUGGGAACCUAACCUGUGGAAUAAGCCCUUGGCAUGCGUUAGUUUCCUAAGUUUUCCAUAAUUGCCCAUUAAUCAGUUAGUUAUGUAAGAUAAAGUAAUAAGAUCCCCCUCUCUCCCCACCACGGUCUUCCUUUUGUGACAAAUCAUUCGUGACUAUGUAAUCAGCCAGUUGGGGUACUGGAACAGAUGGGACAUGUUUCUUCCAGAAUUUCAAAACUGCAAUGAUUCCUGUUCAGUCUGGUGACAAAUGUCAAUUAAAAUAGUUCUCCCUUCACAGGAAAAAAAUUAGUUUGAAAAAAAUAUCAACCCUGAUUGCCAAGAGCAAUUUGUUUCUGCAGUAAAACAAGCAAAAAAGCCAAAUUCCCCCAAAACUAGGAACAGCCUAGUUUUUGGAGGGAACGCCACAUUUGGGGAUUUUUACAAAGUCUUUGUAAAAGUCCCAGUGACCUACGCUUUUAGCAUAACAAAUGGGUCUUGUCAAUGUAGACAAGUCCAGACCCGGCUCCCACGUGGUUCUGUUGACAAAGACAAAAAGAUCACUCAGCGGGACACAAAUACUGUUUGGAAAAGAUGUCUCGUGUUCAUUACCACAGGAGAGACCAACAUGUAAAAGAUUGACUGGACAGCAGCAUGAAAGGUUCUCUGAUAACACACGUGCUAAGUCCUCUGCGAGAUAAACGUAAGCUGAGCACGGUGCAUGCACCCGAGGCCAGCACUCAAGGCUGAGAAUGAAGUCUUCAGGAUUCGGUGAGAUAACACGAACCAAAAGUAAAACCCCCAUCCUGGAAGUGUGCAGGACAAACAUCGGGAGAGUGGCUGGUAGGAACAGCUGGACCCUGCCUGCCUUCCAUCUGCUGGUGCCAAUGCCCAGUACACUGUGGCACUCAGAGGAUGAGAUUCCCAGAGUGACUAGCUGAUGCCUGUCCUUCACGACUCCUGUAGCCCCUUUUUUAGCUUUGAUGCUCAUGUCUGUAAGCAACUAGGAACCCAUGAUCGACAAGGCAGCCACGAGCACAUACUCUUGACUCCCCUGUGUCUCACUCACCUGUGCCUCUGUUCCUGUUCUCUCCCCUGUUGGGCCACUGGGAACAGAGCCCAUGUCACAAUAAAGGGACAGAGGAGCAGUCAGCCUUCUGUUAGUAACAAGCCUUCCCUCUUUAUGUCUGUCCCAUUGUGUCUCUAACAGGUAUUAUUGACAUGUUAAGAAGAAAAAAACAAAUGCUUAUUGAGUGCCUCCUGAUUGGGGUUAAUAUAGGCUGAUGGCAUUAAAGCCAGAGCGCAGGAAUGCCAUAGCAGACGUGCAGCAACACCUCCCCUUGAGGUAGCCUGGGUGAGAUAAUCUAUGAACGGAGACUAAUGGAGAACAGGAAAGUAUCAAAGUUUUAUCCUAAACGUCAUUGGGAGCACACUGGCAAGCUGGACCAGCAUACAGGGCUUAUAGACAAAUCCCAGAGGAGACGGGAGUGGCCUGGGUGGGGGAAUCUCUCCCUCCUAAACACAAACUUGGAUCUUAUAGCCACUCCAUGGAAUAUGAGAUUUCAAAUGACGACAAGGGGACCUAAGCCCACGUGAUGGAAGAGGCAUGAGAGAGCACUGUCUCUCUUCUCACCAGAUGUUGCCGCUCCAGCUUUCCUUCUGCUCCUGUGACAAAACUCUCUGAUCUAAAGCAACAUGGGGGAGAAAGGCUUAGUAAAGCUUCCAGUUCCAGGCCACAGUCCACCAACGGGGGGAAGUCCCACCACAUGUGCGGUCCAAAGCAAAGAGAAGCAAGCGCAUCCACCGGUGCUGCCUGCCUUGUCUUGUUCAAGUUCAGCUCACUUUCUUACUCUCCUAUAGGUCAGGGGCCAGCCCAUGAGAUGGUGCCAAUCACAUGGAGGGUUGGCCCUCCUACCCCAGGUAACAUUCAAGACAAUUCCUCAAAGGUAUGCCCCUAUGCCAGCCUCAUCUAGAAGUUCCUUAUCGGGGUUGCUUUCUAGGCUGUGUCAGGUUGACAAAACCGCAGCACACUGGCCUUCCCUUCAGGGUGCCAUGCACAGCCCCGCCUCACACCGGGGUGCUGGUGCACAGCCCCGCCUCACACCAGAGUGCUGGUGCACAGCCCCGCCUCACACCGGGGUGCUGGUGCACAGCCCCGCCUCACACCAGGGUGCUGGUGCACAGCCCCGCCUCACACCGGGGUGCUGGUGCACAGCCUCGCCUCACACUGGGGUGCCAUGGACAGCCCGCCUCACACCAGAGUGCUGGUGCACAGUCCCGCCUCACACUGGGGUGCUGGUGCACAGUCCCGCCUCACACUGGGGUGCUGGUGCACAGCCCCGCCUCACACCGGGGUGCUGGAGCACAGCCCCGCCUCACACCGGGGUGCUGGUGCACAGCCCCGCCUCACACCGGGGUGCUGGUGCACAGUCCCGCCUCACACCGGGGUGCUGGUGCACAGUCCCGCCUCACACCGGGGUGCUGGUGCACAGCCCCGCCUCACACCGGGGUGCUGGUGCACAGCCCCGCCUCACACCGGGGUGCUGGUGCACAGCCCCGCCUCACACCGGGGUGCUGGUGCACAGUCCCGCCUCACACCGGGGUGCUGGUGCACAGCCCCGCCUCACACCGGGGUGCUGGUGCACAGCCCCGCCUCACACUGGGGUGCCGUGGACAGCCCGCCUCACACCAGAGUGCUGGUGCACAGUCCCGCCUCACACUGGGGUGCUGGUGCACAGUCCCGCCUCACACCGGGGUGCCGGUGCACAGCCCCGCCUCACACCGGGGUGCUGGUGCACAGCCCUGCCUCACACCGGGGUGCUGGUGCACAGCCCCGCCUCACACCGGGGUGCUGUGCACAGCCCCGCCUCACACUGGGGUGCCGUGGACAGCCCCGCCUCACACUGGGGUGCUGGUGCUCAGCCCCGCCUCACACCGGGGUGCUGUGCACAGCCCCACUUCACACUAGAGCCCGCCUCACACUGGGGUGCUGUGCACAGCCCCGCCUCACACUAGGCCCUCACUUCUCUGCUGUCCCAUCUUACCCUGUCUGCUGCUUUGCAGGGAGCCACUCCCCAAAGGCCCAUGGUUUGCCCAGCUACGAAAGUUUCACACUACCCUUUACUCCUGUAAAUGGUUAAAUGUGAUCAUGUUAUUUUAAUGUCUUCAUACUCCAUGUGCUUGAAGCUAAAUAUUACAUAUAUGUAAAUUUUUUUGUCAUAAGACCUGUUGCCACUGUUAAAGAUUAUAGAGUUCUUUAUGCCUGACUUUAAGAUGUAUAGGUGUUUAUGGACACGUAUGUAAAUAUAUAGAGACUUUUUAAGUGAUUUUUUUAAAAAGCUGCACAUCAACUUCUCUUUUUUAAUAUAUGUAAAAUGGUCAUAACACAACUGAUAAAAAAUCUGGGAUGGAGUGUACAUGUUUUGUGUGCUUCGGAUCUGAUUAAGUUUUGUUAAAGCCCUUCCUGGGGUUCAGCCUUCCCCAGCACGGCUGAUCUUCCCAUGCCUUCACCCUGGACACUUGAGAGUUCUCCCUGUUCCUCGUUCACUGUGCUGAUCUUUGAGUUUACCCAUUUCCAAAAGGUCAACCGAAACCCCACAUAGAUGUUUGCCUCCUCGCACCCUGUGCUGGGUCCACCUGCCUUAUCGAAUAAACGCCCCCUUUUCACUGAGCACUACUCAGGCUUGUUCAUCCAAGGAUUCCUACCGUGGCUGUCUACACUUGUUCUACACUUACGCUGUUUUCUGGUGUCUCUGUUGCUGUGUAACAAGGUCAAUACAUCUCAUAUAUCAGACUUAAGAGAUAAUACUAGAUCUAUGGCUGACGAUGUCCAGACUGCCACUGCUGAACCCUGUGGUUGUUGAAGCAGUUAUUUCCAAUGUUGUGUCUAUCGGGAGAGCUCCCCAGCCAUGUGCAGACAGCUCAGGUCAGAGAUUGGAGAUGCUGGCCCCACUGGGUCUUCACACUGGGUCUUCACACUGGGUCUUCACACCUGCUCUCUCUCCAGGCCUGGUUUUUCACUGGCUGAGAUAGAACGCCCCGCCCCCACCCACCACCACAACUUUGAGACUCCUUUGCCCCCCUCUUUUGUCUGCUUCUGCUACGUGUUCUGGGUCUAUCACUGGACUCCACAGCCAGUCCCCUGUCCAGCCUACAUCACAGGAUUCCUCCCCUUGCUUCUGUGCUCCUUUGGAAAGUGUAACCGUUUGCUGUACUCGGCUAUACAGGGGAGACAGUGCUUUUUGUAUGGACAUAGUGUAUAAAUUGCCGUGUGCUGUUGCAGCAAACCCAGAAGCUGCUUCAGGAGGAGGGAGUUGGUCCUUUUGCUGCAGACCGAAGUGUAUUUUUAUCUCAAAGUGUCCUCCAAAUUCCCUUUUCCUGGGUUGGGCUGGCCCCUAACUCUGUCACAGGAGGAAAAGAAAACAAGCAAACAGGCAGCAGUAAAAGCUCUGUGCCUUUGAACAAAUAAAAGGUAAAGUCGUUCCAUAAUACAAAACACUUCUAGUGGGAAUGUCUGAGAAGUUUAUCCACAGGGGGACUCUCUGCCUAAAAAUCCUAAGUCCAUAUCUCCAGCGUCACAAUUUUAAUGGGGCUCCCUUAGAUGAUUUCUACUAGCUGCUGAAAUCAUAAAUUUGAUGAUGUUUUGCUAUGUAUCUGCCGUUUAUCUAUCUGCUACUUGUACUCAUUCAAAACCAAAAACAGGACUAAUGCUUUAGAUCAUGCAAAACACGAAAACAUAAAAAGAUCUUUGUGUUUUUUGUGGUAUUUGCCUGAGAACUUGCAAAGCCUCAUAGUCUAACACUAUGUAUCCAGGCAACGGUAACUGAUUAUGUUAUGUUAUAUAUGUACUUUAUAGUCAACUCUCUUUUAAUAAAAUGGUAAGGUUA